AUGAAGUUGCUCAAUACUGAGCUGAGAGAAAUCCUUCUGUUUCUGGAGUUUAAAGAUAUUGUCAAUUCUAACUUAGCCUUUCUUAAUAAGAAGUUCUUCUAUAAUAUUGUGGAAGACACAGAGUUGUUGAGGAGGAUGAUUGAUCUUACAAUUUCACUUGUUAAAGAUUAUCAGAGGCAAGAACAGUACUAUGCUUUGGUCACUUCAAAGAUACUGAAGCUAAAGCAUAAGCACCUCCACGGAGAUGAAGAUUUUAAAGAACCAGAGUUAGAGUUCAAAAGAUUGUAUGACUUUACAGCGAAAGAUCUUGCUUUAUUUCUGCUAAAAAUAGCAAAGGAGGAGAACUGAAUUCAAUUAAUAUGCACUAAGAGGACAACUGGAGGAGCUGAAACUUUUGAUGCUCAAUGUCUCAGAGCUUUCUUAUCCAAUAGCUCAAUAUACUACUCAAACUACGAAGACAGGCACACAAAUGGGGUUCUCUGCGUCACAGGGAUUCCACUGGAAGAACAUACCGAAGAUGUGGCCAAGGCAAAGAACUUGUACGCACAGACUCUAGCCCUGCAGGAUCAGAUAGGCCAUGUACUUACUGAGGAUGAGAAAGAGUUUAAGAGUUAUAAAGAUAUUGUAGAGAAAACUGAUGUCCCAGAUGAGUAUUUACACGAAGACAUUAACUGUGAGGAUGCAUAUAAGUACAACAAAUGGUACAGGAACAGACUCAUAUAUUCUAUCAGGAAGGACCCGGAUCUCGCGGAAGAAAAUGGAAAUAUUGAGUAUGAUACCGCGGUUCAUCAAGAGUUAAUGAAAGAUAAACUCUUUUACUGGAAUCGUUUCCGUGUAAUGGAAACAGAGAGAUCAACUUGCCCAAUUAAGGCCUUAGCUGUGUUCACCCAUGAUUAUCCCAUUAAGACUGAAAAUCAUCCAUUGAUUCAUAUUAUCAAAGAUUUAUAUGAAAAGAGCAAAGAGGAAAUCACACAGUUAUCAAUGGGUGGUUUAUUUGAUUCUGAUUCUGACGAAGAAAUCAAAACUAUCACUUUCAAUGCUCAUAAGAUGAAAGAUAAACUGAUUCUUAUGUCAAAAUCUGGACUUCUCCCAAACAUUUGCAAUAUUGAAUUUUUCAAAACUGAACAAAAUCUGAUUAAUAGCAGUAAAAAUAAUUGUGACACUGAAAACUUCAACCCGGAAAAUAUUUUUGAGUUCGAUCAGGAAUUUUACUCUUCAAAAUUCCAAAAUGGAGAGGAAGGAGCAGAAUAUUACGACCAUAUAGACUCUUCUAUCUGUACUGAAACUCUUGAGAAAGCCAUUUCAGAGAUAGACCAAGGCGAUAAGUACAUGGAAAUGCUCAAUGCUCUGGAUACCAAAUGUGACUUCUUCAGACUCAGACUUUCUGCUAUUGCUUAUGAUCUAGGUACUCAAUACAGCUCAUAUGAUUUCUCACUAAAGUCUAAUAAGAGCGGCAGAUUUGUGAGCAUUCUUGGGUUGGAUAAGGUAGUCAGGAGCACAUAUCCAGGAGUCAACAUCGAUAUUGGAGGAGUUCUCUUCGGAGGCAACUUUUUCCCAGGACUCGUACAAAUGAAGGACUAA